AUGUCGUUAAGUUACAACCCGAUCACGAUCAACAAGUCAGCGAAAUCGUUUGUUCCCAAGAGCAAAAAGGAUGCCGCGCCCAAGCAUUCCACAAUCCAACCACCCAAAGGAUUUCCUCCUCAAUACUUAGAAGCUUUUAAUCAAGCCGACGAUCAGACCAAGAGGUCUAUCAUCGAGCAGUACAACACAAUCGUCCAAGAAAACGCCGAGCAUGAGAUGCCAACGCGUGAAGAAUUGUUGUCGUAUGAAGAUCACACAUCACACGACGACGCAUCGGACGUGUACGAUAUCAACGGAUUAGCGACGGAGAUUGAAAUUGAUGACUUCAAAAAGUCGAUGAACAAACUCCCCGAUAAAUUGCCGGCAAUGGACUUUUUCAUCGCGAAAGGAUUUGCGUCGAAGCUCUCUGAUACUUUCAACAUAUUGAUUCAGCCUCUGUCCGUUGUUGAGGCGUCGAAGAAGGUGGACAACCAGAGGAUUGAAGAACUUAAUGUGUUAUUCUUGGCGUAUUUGGUGAAUAAAUAUCCAGACCAGUACAAAACAUUGGCGCCAAGCAAACAGUAA